AUGAGCCAGAAUCCUCCUCUGCCUCAGGAAUGGGGCGGCGAAUCGGCGUAUGAAACUGAAGAUGACGAUGCAGAAGGCGCUGACAGCGAUAGCGACUCGGAGACUGGUGAAAUGGCUGACUGGGACGAAGAACAGACUCUUGUAGCAAUGCUUCAACAACCGUCUCCACGGAGGGACGAUGAUGCAGACCUUGCCGCGCUCUCUGAUCGACUCAAGUCCCCGAUGUCCGCUCAAGGCGACUUAUUGAAGGAACAAAUCCUCUCCAGUCUGGUGCCUGCGGUUCGAAAUAGCAAAACAUCGCGCGCCAGACUUGAUAAGGAGGUGGACGUGUCUUUUGCCGACGGUGUUUCAGUGUUCAACGAUGUAUGCAAAGAGAUGGAGCUCCUGGCUAUGCAAGACGAGGACUCGCUCAAGACCGCCUACCGGGAGACCCAGUUGAAAACGAAGCAGCUCUUUAUGAAGCUUCGUGAAGCCUACACUCACCGAGAUCGUUUAUGGGACAAGCUCCACCAAGACGUCGAUAAAUGCGCCGCUCGAGCAGAAUCUGCGUUGAACAGCAUACCUGGAGAACUGGAGCAAACGGUAACACGACUGGUGGCAAAGUGCAAAGAUCUUGAAAAAGAUCAAGGCAACUCGGUGCAGGCCAAGGAGAGAACCCUCAAGAAUUUGCUCAAGGGUCUAUAG